UGCUACCAAUGGAAAUUUCCUGUGACCGUUGCUGAUUCCCGAAUAGGAUGAUUGGAAGGACAUCGCUGGUAGAACAAAAAAAACUUCAGUGGGCGAAAGAAAGGGAAGAAAUGGCUCGUCUGGACGUUAAUUGGGGAACUCUGAAGUCAAAUAUUUACAACCGCACUCACAUUCUCACUUACUCGAACGAAGCCAGAUUGCCCUUAGGGGAAUUAAAAGAUAGAUCUCCCGUACAACCCUUCCGUACAGCCGGACAUUACGGGAGCACCAUCAGUCUAAAAAGUCUAACGACGGAAAGUUCUGGGAAUGGCAAUAACAAUCUCAAAUUUGAUUAUAACGGUGGCAGUUUAAUUAAUCGUCGAGACCAGGUGGAGACCUCACAAGUCAGACACAGAAGUCCCAGUCUGCCUCCAAUCUUCAAUAAGGAACAACAACAGUAUUUCUGCCAGCCA